CGGUCUCAAAAAAAAAAAAAAAAAAAAAAAAAAAAGAGGCAGGCCUUACUCCAUCCCAAACUGAAAGGAUUAAAUGGCUUUACCUGGGAGAAGAUAACCAUCCUGCCCUCCAUUGCUACCCCCACAUACUUUCCAUGUUCUCAGGGGGUACGGUGAGUCCUGGGAUCUUUGGGGUUGCCCACCUGCCUGUGGUAGUUAUGGAGACCCCCAGGUGUUGAGGCAGGGCUGGGGUGUCCCCUUCCAACCAGGCUGUCAAGGCCCCAACUCUGGGGCAGAGGCAGUGGCAGGGCAGCCAGGGUUGCACCAGAGCCUGAGCAGGUUGAGGUGGGGUCAGGCAGGGCUGGGAGUCAGGGCAGGGGCAGCAGCAGUGGAUCCGCUAUGCACACAUCAUCUUCUCCAAGGUUUGUGUGCAGAACAUCCUGCCCAUGCUGCCCCAGCAGCUUCAGUUGGCACCUGCCCCAGUCUAGCCUCUGGAAACCAUGCAGCAGCUCCCAGCGGCCCUGCACCCACCACCAGCAUCCGUUUCACCUGCAGCUGAAGAUCCGUGAGGUGCCCAGAAGAUCAUGCAGUCAUCAGUCCCACGGAGCAGCCCGCGAGGCUGAGGCUCCUCCCACUGGACCGCCCCCCAACUGGCACCACUGCUGCCCCUGCCCCUACUCUCAGCCUCACGUGACUCUCGGGCAGAGGCAGUGGUGGGGCAGCCAGGGCAGCGUCAAGAGUCUGAGCCAGCUGCAGGACAAAUUCGAGCAUCUUAAAACGAUUCAACAGGAGGAGAUAAGGAAGCUCGAGGAAGAGAAAAAACAACUGGAAGGAGAAAUUAUAGAUUUUUAUAAAAUGAAAGCUACCUCUGAAGCACUGCAGACUCAGCUGAGCACUGAUACAAAGAAAGACAAACAUCCUGAUCCGUAUGAAUUCCUCUUAUUAAGAAAAAUAAAGCAUCCAGGAUUCAAUGAAGAACUGACUAUCACCUUGUUAAUCAUUCAGAAACAUGUUGCAGACUUAAGCCAUUUUUGAUAUAGAUACUGAAACAAUUACUUGCUAAGAGCAAACUUGAAGGUAUGGAUAAGGCCCUGAGUCAUCUUCCUGAGCUGAAUGAUAGUUAAGCUGAAUGUACGUAUAAAAUAUGAUUUUCUAACCACUUGCUCGCCAACAAGGAAAACUUUUAAGUAGAGCAGAACCUGAAUAGACAAGACAUUUCUUUCUUUUGGUAGAAAAUGAUUUACCAUCACUGUCUAGUUAAUUGUAGACUAGGUAAUUUUAACUUUGUGAUUUAUUGCCGGAGACAUUUUCUUCUGUACUGUAAAGUGUGUGUCAAAAAAAAAUAGCGAUUUUGGAGGAUUAGGGGAGUUUGAUAAAUUGCCUGCAAUUCUGGCAGUAUGAACUGCAUAUUAAUUUCUCUCUUUCAAGAACAUUUUUAUUUAUUAAUUCCUUACAAAAACUCCCUAAACUUUGGAACAGCUCUCAAUUGCCUGUAUUCUUUUUUUUCUUAUUAUGGUACUCUUCUAGAGAUUUGGCUUGCAUCUAUGAAUAAGCCAGGACAUCUUCAGAAAUUGUCUGAUUAAAAACACCACCAAUGGAGUUUCAUUAAAUUUGUAUUGCUCUGACUAGUGAAACACACACAUCUAUGUUGCUGAGGAUAUUUUACUGCAGUUUGAGUUGUAAUAAUAGCUCUGUUUAAGAUCCGUCAGUCACUUGAAUCUUCUCUAAGGCUUUGUAUGUUAGAAGUUAAUUUGCUUUCUUACAAGGCCACAUUCUAUCUUGUAACUAAACAACUGUAUUUUAUGUCUUAGCAUAGAUGGUUUAUUACUUUCUGGUUUUUCUUUAGUAAGAAUCCUAUAAAAACACUAGUAUUUUUCUCUGAGUUUAAAAUGCAACACAUGCCUACUGAUAUGGUUAGGCUUUGUAUCCCCACCUGAAUCUCAUCUUGAAUUGUAAUCCCCAUAGCCCCCAUAAUCCCCACAGGUCAAGGGAGAGACCAGGUGGAGGUAAUUGAAUCAUGGGGGCAGUUUCCCCUGUGCUGUUCUUGUGAUAGUGAGUUCUCACGAGAUUUGAUGGUUUUAUAAGGGAUUCUUUCCCCUUUGCUCGGCACUUCUUCAUGCUGCCUUGCGAAGAAGCUGCCUUGCUUCCUCUUUGUCUUCCGCCAUGAUUGUAGAUUUCCUGAGGCCUCCCAAGCUGUGCUGAACUGUGAGCCAAUUAAACUUCUUUCCUUUAUAAAUUACCCAGUCUUGGGCAGUUCUUUAUAGCAGUAUGAAAACAGACAAAUACACCUACUAUGUAAAACUUAAAAUACAAAAAAAAAAACACAUUAUCUCACUAACAUAGGAGCUAAUAUUUUGGUGUACUUUGUUUAGUAUUUUAUAUUAAAAAUAUGUACAUAUAUUUAUAUAUAAUUAAGAACAUGUAUGUACAAUCGUGCAUACAUCAUGUACAUACAUCUACUUAAGAAAGUAGCUAUGUAAUAUACCAUUACACAACGAGAUUAUAAUUUUUUCUCCAUUUCUUUAUUGUAAUUUAUCAUUUUCUACUUUUUUGUUUUCUCAUUUUUAUUGCAUAAUAUUUAAUUAUGCAAAAAAUACAUUAAAUACAUUGAAAAUAUAUAGUGUAGCUAUAAGAAUAAAGAACGAUGGUAAAACAAAUGCUAAUACCCACUACCUGACUUAAAGAAUAUGAUACUAUUUUUUUCCAAUUGAAAUCCCCUCAACUACUCAGAAUUACUGCUAUCCCUUUUAUCCUUUCAUUAAUUUUCUUCUAGUUUUCUCACAUGUGAAUCUAUUUCUAAAUACAUUUCUUUAUUUUGCAAGUUUUUGGACUUCAUAUAAAUGUAACCAUAUUGUAUAUAUUCU